AUGUUUUUCCCACGUGGCCCAACGCCAAGGGAGGAAACGCCGAAAACGCCGCUCACCCCGGAGGCCAAAUUGUGCAGUUUCGACUGUCGCUGGACAUUUUGCUCCCGUCCGCGCAAGCCUGCACCCGCCCGUGGUUACCAGUUGGUUGUCUGCGUUUCUGAGAAUCUAACCUUCAACAGCUCGACAACUAAAAAGAAGGUCGCCGUCGUUCUCUCUGGACGACAGGCCGGCAAGAAGGUCGUUGUCCUUCAGCAGCGUGACGAGGGCACCAAGGAGCGCCCCUACCCCCACGCCAUCGUCGCUGGCAUUGAGCGUUACCCCCUCAAGGUCACCAAGUCGAUGGGCAAGAAGAAGGUUGCCAAGCGCUCCAAGGUCAAGCCUUUCAUCAAGGUCGUCAACUAUUCGCACCUCCUCCCCACCCGUUACGUUCUCGAGCUUGAGGGCCUCAAGGGCUCGGUCACCCCCGACACCUUCAAGGAGCCUACCCAGCGUGAGGACGCCAAGAAGGCCGUCAAGAAGGCCUUCGAGGAGCGCUACUCCAAGGGCUCCAACCGCUGGUUCUUCACCAAGCUCCGCUUCUAA